AUGUCCGCAAUCCGAAAGCUCAGCGAGUCGGCUUACAUUUUUCUAGACAUUCAAGACCACACACUGGAUGGCAUUGACAAAGUUUCACAGGGUCGAGAUGGCACCCCCGAGUUAGAUCUCAAUGCCCGGCCCCCGUGCUAUGGGCUGGGGACUCUUGAGACACUCCCCCUUGAAGUCGUCCACCUGACGCUCAUCCAGCUGGACAUGCAGUCCCUGAUUGAUUUUCGACGCGUCAAUAGAAGGGCACGGCAGGUCGCGGACUCAGUCCCGCAGUUUAGACAUAUCCUGGCUCAGGUACCAGCUUCGAUACGUGCCAGCCUUGGCCUAGAAACAGCUCGAUACUUUUCAUGCCAGGAAUUGUACCAGACACUAUGCACAGCUGAGUGUGAGAGUUGUGGUGAUUUUGGUGGAUAUCUGUAUCUAUUGACAUGUCGUCGCGUUUGCUUUCUCUGUUUCACCGAGAAACCUGACUAUCUUCCCCUGUCACGGAAAGUUAUUAUUCGCAAAUUCGGACUGGGAUCUGCACAUAUAGCACUGCUACCUCGAAUGAGGAGUCUGCCAGGCUGCUAUUCACCCAGAGAGCUCAAAUGCCGGCGGCGAGAGACCUUAUUCGAUCAUUUUGCCGCCCGACAGGCUGGAAUCACCCUUCAUGGGUCACCCGAUGAGACGGAAAGACACACCUCGGCAACCGUCCUUGAGAGACGCGAAGCCUACAGUUCACGAGUUUCCCUUCGCAGAUCAGCCACCAGGCGCCUGCGGCCGCCCAGAUCUGAAGAUUCUUUUGAUGGAUACUCAUCCAACCCCAAGCGUUUCAUGGGGAUUAUACGUGCUCCGUUCCUCUACGGCCAAGAAUUCUCGCCUGAGUGGGGAUUCCACUGUCUAGCUUGCAAGCUUCAUCAUUAUUGUCGACCAUUCCACUGGCGUCGCUUGUACACAUCUGAAAGUUUUCAAGGCCAUAUUUCAGAAUGCGGACCGAUAAUAGAUGGGAAACACGUUGGAAGGUAGCCAGCCACAAUCAGGGCAAAAUCCAACAAAAGAGCUCCUAUAAUCGGGCAUUUCGCCUUCUUCGUCUCCCAAAGUCCUUCUAUCUGCGCAUCUCGUCCGUGCCAGGCU